CGCUUCAUCGACUUUAGCAGAAAAAUAUAAUAUUCUCCUCCUGUCGUGUACGUUACAACAGCUACGCCAAGAGAUUGACCCGCGAAGGGCGAAAGGAGAACACUUUUUUUUACCACAACGGUGAUAACAGAGCAAGAAAGAACUACGAAUUGUUUCCUCGGAUCGGUUUUGCAGAUCCAACCUGUUUCGCUGACCGAACGAGCUCGAAAGUGGAGGAGCAGGAUUGCGAGAACGUUCGUCUCCGUUCUCAUCCUCCUGCUCCACCCGAAUCGGCCGCCGCCGACGAGGGUGAGUUUCAAGAAGAUUCCGGCGACGCCACCAUGAGCAGCGCCACCGACCCAUCACGGGAGGGCGACCGCCCCAGCGACGAGCCGGACCGAGACGAUGAGUCCAAUACCCUGUUGCCCCCUCCCCAGGCCCCGGCCUCACCCGACGACGGCGAUGAGGGCGAGGAGGAUGAGGAGGACGAGGAGGACGAGGACGAGGUCGCGUUCCAGUCCCGGGAAAAGAUCCGCAUCGUCGACCUCGAAUCCGGGGACGCGGCGGCGACGGCGACCCCGCCCUUCUCGUGGAAGAAGCUGUGGCUGUUCACGGGUCCGGGUUUCUUGAUGAGCAUAGCGUUCCUGGAUCCAGGCAACCUGGAGGGCGAUCUGCAGGCGGGCGCUAUUGCUGGGUACUCGCUUCUGUGGCUCCUCAUGUGGGCCACGGUCAUGGGUCUGCUGAUCCAGUUGUUGUCUGCCCGGGUUGGAGUCGCGACUGGCCGGCACCUGGCGGAGCUGUGCCGGGAGGAGUACCCUGAUUGGGCGAGGUUGCUGCUGUGGUUCAUGGCGGAGGUGGCUUUGAUCGGGGCUGACAUACAGGAGGUUAUUGGGAGUGCUAUUGCCAUUCAGAUUCUGAGUAAUGGGCGCUUGCCGCUUUGGGCCGGAGUCCUAAUUACAGCCUCAGAUUGUUUCAUGUUCUUGUUUCUGGAGAACUACGGAGUGAGAAAAUUGGAGGCUCUUUUUGCCAUGCUUAUUGGAACCAUGGCUAUGUCAUUUGCCUGGAUGUUUGGUGAUACAAAGCCCAAUGGCAAAGAGCUUUUAGCCGGUCUUUUGAUUCCAAGACUUGGCUCUAAGACAAUUCGUCAAGCUGUGGGAGUUGUGGGUUGCGUCAUAAUGCCUCACAAUGUAUUUCUACACUCUGCUCUGGUCCAGUCUAGGAAAAUUAAUCCUGAGAAGAAGGGCAGGGUUCAAGAGGCAAUAAAUUACUAUUCAAUUGAGUCAUCUUUGGCCCUCCUAGUCACAUUUAUGAUCAACUUGUUUGUCACAACAGUUUUUGCCAAAGCAUUUUAUGGUACAAAACAAGCGCAAAAGAUUGGACUUGUAAAUGCAGGCCAAUAUCUUGAAGAGAAAUAUGGGGGAGGAAUCUUUCCUAUUCUAUAUAUUUGGGGCAUUGGGUUAUUGGCAGCGGGACAGAGCAGCACAAUUACUGGAACAUAUGCUGGGCAGUUUAUCAUGGGUGGCUUCCUUAACCUCCGUUUAAAGAAAUGGCUAAGGGCAUUGAUCACACGAAGCUUUGCAAUUGUGCCGACUAUUAUAGUGGCUGUUGUUUAUAACACAUCGGAAGCAUCGUUGGAUGUUUUGAAUGAAUGGCUCAAUGUGCUUCAAUCUAUGCAGAUCCCUUUUGCGCUCAUACCCCUUCUUACGUUAGUUUCAAAGGAGCAGGUCAUGGGUUCUUUUAAGAUUGGACCGACUCUUCAGAGGGUGGCAUGGGCUGUGGCAGCACUGGUGAUGAUGAUCAAUGGGUACCUGUUGUUGGAGUUCUUCGUCUCCGAGGUUAAGGGAAUGCUGUUUGGUUCUGUUGUGAUCAGCAUCAGUGCUGCAUAUGUGGCAUUCAUCAUUUACCUCAUUCCACGAGAUGGAUCGCUCCCAAUGCUGUGGAAGAGCUUCACCUGAUGACACCCGCAUCUUGGCUCUCUGCCCUGUUUUAUUAGACAAGUUUUGAUUGAUGAAAGAUCUGCAGCAGUGCUAGAGUUUUCCUUCUCUGCAAAUUCUGGUAGACAGGCUCAAUCUUACAAAGAUGAUACGCAACUGGGGUGAAUGAGUUCAUUGGGGUGACCUAUGAAGAAAUCCAAAGUCGACCGAACUUUCCACAAGGCACUCUGAUUUCGUUUGCAACCUGAUGCAGGAUGUCCUUCCUCCACUUGACCUGAUCACGCCAUCUCUUGGAGACCUGCAACUGCGAGGCGAUCUGUUUAAUUUUGUAUAGUCUGAUUCACUUUUUAAGUUGCUUUAGAGCAAAGCUGGUUACUCAUUCUUCUCUUUUCUUCUUUUCUUUAUAUGAGCUGUGAAUCAUAGCCAAAUAUCUUGACUUUUGCUCUUCAAGGUGAUCUAAGAAAGGCGAUAUACUUGGAAGAUUUAGCCAUUUCUCUGAUGGGCUGCAUGGUAUAAUGGGAAGAAAUACUGUCAUCCCCUCCCUCAAUGGGAUGACGAAAUUCUCUGUCACAUAUUCACUUGGCAGUUGGGUGAUGACUAAACCAUCAACAUGGACACCUCAGUUGGACGAAGUUCUAUCGUUACGGGGCAGCUUGUUCUCGUUUACCUGCAAUUUUUGUAUUAUAAAAAUGGGUUCUAGGAUCUUUUAAUUGGAAUCUAAUUUAGCCCCGAAUCCUCAAUUUGGGGUUAGAAAACAGCUCGAACGACACCGUUCAAUAUAUUUUUAAAUGACAUCGUUUCUUUAGUAA